AGUUUCUGCCUCUCUUGAGUGAGAGAUGUCUGCAGCUCUGACUCUCCUUCUCAUUGGUUCUCUGCUGCAAGGUGCCCUGUGUGGAGAGUUUAAGGCAUUUAUGCCGCAGAAUAUAGAAGUUCUUAGUGGAUCCUGUGUGACCAUCCCCUGCUCCUUUGACAUAGAGGAUGGAUAUGAAUCAGACUUAGAUGACACAUGUAUAGCAUUAUGGAGAAAUGAUGUGAACACAGUUAUGUUUGACAGCAGUCUUCCACAAACAUCUACAAUAAAAGGAAAACUGAUAGGAGACUUGAAGAAAAAAGACUGCACCACAACCCUGAACAACAUGCAACCUGCUCACAGCAAUGACAAUGACUAUUACUAUUCCUUCAGGUUGGAAUGCAGCAAUAAACUGAAAUAUAAUUUUUGGAACAAAAUAAUCUCUUUUUCAGUCAAAGAUGUUCCUCCCAGACCGACUCUGACUCCGUCAGCACUGAAGGUGGAGGAGGGAACCUCAGUGAAUUUGACGUGCUCUGCUCCAGCUCCCUGUCUGUCUCAUCCUCCAACUCUGACAUGGACCAAAGGCCUGGGUGACGGUGUGGAGACACUGCAGGAGAAUCAGGACAAAACUAAAGUCAUGACCUCUGUUGUGACCUUCACUGCCUCUCAAAAGCAUCAUGGAGAGACGAUCUCCUGUACGGCCAUCUACAACAAACAAGAUGGCAGCACUGCGUCAGCUGUUAGUGAAAGUCUAACAGCUGAUAUUUCAUAUUCCCCCAAACGCACAUCAGUGUCGGUACAUCCCUCUGGUCCAGUAACAGAGGGCAGUACUGUGACUCUGACAUGCAGUAGUACUGCUAACCCACCAGUAAAGAACUACACCUGGUACAGAGCUGAUGGAGCACAGGAGACUUUUAUUGGGACCGGACAUGUUUUAAUCAUCAAAGCAUUUAAAGACGACAGACCUUUUUUCUGCAAGGCUGAAAAUGAUAUUGGAGCUGGACAAUCCAACCUUAGUCUAGUAGAUGUUCAAUUCGAGCCACAGAUCCUGUCCUCAUCUGACUGCUUCAAAGCUGCAGACCAGCUCAACUGUUCCUGCAGGACUGAGGGAAAUCCUCUUCCCUCUUUACUCUGGUAUUUGGACGGGUUACCUGUCAAUCACUCUGACAACUUUUUAAUAAGCACAGAGCGUCUUAAUGACACAGGUCUGUGGAGCAUCAUCACUGUGAAUGGACCACGGGAGAGGGAUCCGUCCACCUUGCUCUGCCGCAGCUCCAACUCUCUGGGAUCUGCCAGUCAACGUUUUGUGUCAAAACAUCUGCUCAAAGUCAAG